UGUGAUCUCACCUGGCUUCCUCUUGAUAGAUUAACAGUAUUCUAUCCAAAUUAAAUUGAUCAACGUCUCAGACGUAUUUGUGUUAUGCACCAGGUUGAUAAUGGAUUUAACCAUCACAGAGUGUGACAGAUCAGUGUAAUGAAGUUAUCUCAGAUGAAUAGCCAAAGUGGCUGGAAUGUGUGGUGAAUCCAAUAGAGCCUUCUGUCCUGUCAACUUAAGCCAAGUCAUGAGACCUUAAUGACGACUAACUUGGUUAAGGAGACGAGGCCUGUGACGUGAUUGUUGUCUGUUUUGCAUCAAGCCAUCCCUUGAUUUGGUCUUUGAGUUGGUGAUCUAAGGGAGUUUCGGAGGACUUAUGGUUGACUUUAUUCACAGGUUGUCCUGUUAUUACUUUGAUCCAUAUGGGUCUGAGCUGGACGCAAUGCUGGAAAGAGGAGUUCAAGGAGGAGCUUUCCCUGACCAAACUCCACCUUUUGCUUUUGCACCUUUAGAUCGGAGCUCCUGCUGCAGCCACAGUGGGGCAUAGCCCCGUGGGUCUGUUUGCUCUACAGGGUCUUCAUGUUGUUCUACACCCUGAUUUGGUGUAUGUACUCUGGCCUGCUGUUCUCCAAUCCCAAGUGGCUUCUUCAGCCACCUGACCUACUGCCUGAUGGUCGUCUACCACCUGGUUGCUUCCUGUAACCUGGCCUGUGCCACAGUCGUAGUCAGGUGCCACUGCAGGGACCAAAGAAAGACCUGUUCUGGAGGGGACCAAACUAGAGAGCGUGGAAUCGGAGCAGAGCCCUUGGGACCUUUCCCCCUCCCCUCUCUCCUCUUCAUCUCCCCAAGACUGCAGUGGUUCCUCCACAGCCUGAUGUGUGCCUUCUGCCUUGCUGUGUCCUUCCUCUACUGGAGCCUUGACUACCCCAUGGAGCACCACCCUCUGUCCCCAUUCAACCUCAACAUGCACGUGGGAAAUUCUGCCCAGGCCCUGCUGGACCUUCUCCUAUCAGCAACGCCCAUCUACCUGGCCCACUACCUCUAUCAGCUCCUCAUUGGCUGCCUUUACAUCCUGUUUGCUGUGGUCUACUGGCUGGCAGGCCAAACCAACCUCAGUGGGAAGCCCUACAUCUACAAGGUACUGGACUUUGGAGGGUGCCGCUUAGUGGCCACUCUGUGUGUGCUUUGCUUUGUUUUGGUCUGCUUUCCUCUCUGUCACUUCCUGGUGUGGAAUGUGCAACUGCUGAGGAGGCAGCUGGCGGGCAGGGUAAGGGGAGAGAGGCUGGGGCUGUGCAGAGGCUUGGUGGUGGGGGGAGCGGGCGGCUCGGUGCCGGUCUCCCUCAUGGACCCGUUCUCCUCAGUGUUAACCCCCAGGAGGAGGGGAGAGGUCCGCGGCGAUGGGGCCACUCAGUCCCUGCUCUCAUCCACCACCAGUCAUUUCUACAGUGCUGUCACUGUCUACCUCUGAGGUCCAGUCUGAACUAACAUAGAGCUUGAUGCCAUGUUGUUUUACAUGUUCUGCAUAAUGUCAUCCAUCUGUGUUGUCCGGUCCCUGUCAGGCCAAACAAUACAAUGUUUUACAGAUCUUCUCUUCACUUUGUAGUUUGUGGUGUUAUAGUUGCCUGAUCCAAGAGGUAACAUCAGUGGCCAAACUAUGUUAAUCUUUGUAUCACCAGGGGGCAGUAACAGUAUUAGUUGCUUUGAUCACCGUGUUCAGCCUUGGUCAUUUCACAUAGUAGGAUCAAUAAAUUAGCCAGCUUACAUGAUUAACACUGAGAUUCUAGAGUAGGCUAAAGUUGGGAUUGGGAGUAACAAGUCAGUAAUAACAUGCCGGUUUUAGGGUUGUUGUUUUUCUGAAUAUUGUACAAGUUUGUUAAAUUGCAUAUUUUAUCGAAACUUCAAAACUGUGGAUGGAUCCUACUUGCAGAAUACACAGACCACUGUUGUCCUGUCCAUCCUCACACAAAGCAAAUAACACAUCUGCACAUGAAGUCUAAAACAUGAAUGAGGCUGUGAGCAGACUGGUGUGCCAAUAAGAGCAAUGAAGAAAAUAUAUGGUAAUUUGACAUUAAGAAAAUUGUGGGACUUGCUCUACCUGUUUAAAAUAAUUGUUGUGGUAGUUGAAGAAGUUAAAGUUUUUUACUUAAACAAAACACACAAA